AUGUUGAGUGUCGAUGUUUCACAAACUGUAUUUAUUACAGAUAAAAUGUCUUUAACGAAGAAAUGUAAAAUAGACAAAACAGAGAUGAAUGGUGAUGGCGACGGUGAUAAUCAUACUAGUAAACGUUCUGAGUCAACGGUUGGUUUAGACUUUCAUCCGUUAACCGAACCCGCUAGACAAUUGAAUGAUAAAAUCGCUAAUCUUACAUCCGAUGAUUGUAUUGCAUAUCCAUUGGGAAAGCUGGACGAAUGGAAAUAUGAAAGUUAUCGUGUAAUUGAUGAACUAUACGAAAUGAAACGUCAAGAAAUGGAAAUAAUUGUUAAUAAAAAUUUUGUUAAACAUAAAACGGAUCAAUUAAAAUUGAUUAAUGAUUUAAGAAAAGAAAUUCGUAAACAACAUCUGGCACAAGUUGAACAUCAAGAUGAAAUAUUAAAACAACGAAUGACACGUAUUGAACAAGAUUUAACUCAUUUUCAAGAAACUUUUAUUCAAAUCGAAACAAAACCAUUAGAAGUUGAUUCUGAUUAUAUUCAUGUUCGAACGGAUUAUAUCAAAUAUUUUAAUGGUGGUUCACUAUUAUCUAAUGAGCAAGAAUUAAAAUUGAAUGAAUUUUAUGGUGGAGGUAAUGCAAAUGAACAACAAUGGGAAUUAUUGUAUAAAGCUAGUCGAAAUGGAUUUUGUGCCGAAGAUUUUCAUCGUCUAUGUGAUGGUAAAGGUGCAACAAUGACCAUUAUUCAAUCAAACGAUGAUCCUGGAUAUUUAUUUGGAGGAUAUACCACUGUAUCAUGGAGUUCAACGUGUAGUUGGCAACCAGAUCCACAAGCUUUCUUAUUUACUCUUACGAAUCCUCAUAAUAUUCCACCAACAAAAUACCAUGUUAAAGAAAAAUCAAUGCAGUUUGCUGUUUAUCAUGAUGCGACAGUUGGUCCAUCAUUUGGCGGUGAUAUUUGUGUUAAAAAUAAUAGUAAUGCUUUUGUACGUUUUCCUGUUACAUACUUGGAUACAACACAUCACGGUGAUAAAACAUUUACGGGUAACAAACAUUUAACAAUGUCCGAUAUUGAAAUUUAUACAUUAGGUUAA